UUCAGGUAUAGGUACCUGGUAUUGAAUGUAUUUAUUGGUUGAAUUUCACAUCCUAUUAUUACAUAGUCAGCAGAAGAAAUCGUUUUGAAACCGGUUUUAAACGAGUACUGAACCUGUUGAAUACAAAAGACUGAGUAGGCGUUAGGCAGAUAAAUAGAACGCUUUUUAUGAAAAACUCUUAGUUCUCUUCUAAUAGUGAAAGUGAUCAAACAAAAUAUAAAAAUUUCAAAAUGAAUCCCGAAAUCGCGUGCACUAUGUGUUCAGAGUUUGUUAAAUUAACAGAGUUCGCCUCUCACUACGACAGUUGCGUAGGACCGCGGAUUCCGAUUGAGUGCAAUCUAUGCUAUAAAUCCUUAGAGGGAACAGAGAUCGACUCUCAUUAUGAGAGUUGCUUAGGUCCCCAGAAAAAAGUUGAGUGCGAUCUAUGUUUGAAUUUCCUCGACUUAGCAGAGCUAGACUCUCAUUAUGAGUCAACUUCAAGAUCUUCAAAACGGCCUAGAAUGAAUGCACCAGCGGAAAACAUUGACUGUGCAAUAUGCGGUGAGAGUUACACUCCCUCGAAGGAAAAGCGCCAUAUUAUGUCUGAAAAGCAUAAGAAUGCCGCUGCAGACCAAAUACAUAACAAUCCUAAUAUUAUCAACCUGGCAUCAAACUCGAAAUUUCCCAUAAAAUCAUAUCGGGUUCAAUCCAGUAAAAGUAAUCGGAUUGACUUAAAAGAUUUUUAUAAUGAUUGUAAAAAUGAUAUAAUCAAUUUACUUAAUUGUUGUUUGAGCGAGUACAGAGCCGUAAAGUUCAAUUUAAAAGUAUAUGGUCUGUAUGUCAAGCAAACUGAUGAUGAAACCUUGACAGAAACAAUGAAGCAUUUCAUAACUUCAUACAAACCCAUAUAUGAGCAAGAGUUCAUUGAUGAACACUUAAAUAACGCUCUGGAAAACCUUAUAACUUUAAGCAGCGAAUUCCAGGAGAAGGAUUCAGGUUGGGCUAUAAAAAAUUUUAAAUAUUUUGAGUUAACAAUAAUUAAACUGGAACACAUCCCUGCAAGGGGGUAUAUAGAAGCUCCUAAAAAAAUAAAAUCACGAAAUGCUAUCAUCAAUGUUAAAAAUGUAGAUGAUUUUUGUUUCAAGUGGUGUAUUUUAGCAUCAUUAGCAUAUAAAAGACAUGCAGAAACUACAUUUACAAGAUCAGUUGAAAAAAGGUUGGCUCGAGACAAAUUAGCAAUCCCAUCAAGCUAUCGCAUUUUAAACAUAAACCAGGAAAUAAUUCAUUAUAACGGUUUUAGACUCGAUUUUUCUGAGAUUGAGUUUCCAAUAACAAGCAAAGGAAUAAAGCGAUUCGAAAAAGCCAAUGAGGAUUUCAGCAUCAAUAUAUAUGAAAUUGAUGAUAAUGGUAAAAACGUUGUGGGACCCACAGUGAGGACUAAUAAAAUUCGUCCUAAUCAUAUAAACUUGCUAGGCAUCAAUAGUGAUAUGCAAAUGAUGCAUUAUGCCUAUAUAACGUGCAUGAAGAAGUUAUGCUAUUCCCAACAUAGUAAAUCUCAUAGUGCAGCAUAUUUUUGCGAUAACUGUUUGCAAUUUUAUAGUACUACAAAUACUAUUCACGACACUAAGGAGUGUGGAAAAGUUGCGGCUCUAUAUCCAGAACCCAAUACUAAAACCAUAUUUAAAAGUUGGUCGAAAAAACUUUCACCCCCAGUCGUAAUUUAUGCUGACAUCGAAGCUGUUUUGGAAAAUUUCCAUAGAAAUCUUAAUGAUCCCUCCAAAUCAUCGACUACUAUGGCGCAGAGGCAUACAGCAUGUGCAGUUUCAUUUUAUGUUGCACAUAAAUACAAUCCUCAUCUAAAUGAGAUGUGGACAUAUGAAGGACCUGAUUGUAUUGAAAAAUUCUGUCAAGUGCUUAGGGCUAAAACUGAUGGCCUUUAUGAGAAGUACUGGAAAUCUAGUAAAAAGCCCAUAUAUGAAUUCAAUAUUUGGGAUGAAGACUGUCAGGAACACGAAGCGUGCUGUGCCUGCGAUGAGCAAAUUUUGGUUGAUGAUCGUGAAAAAUACUUCAAUCAAUUCACGGGCCAAUAUGUAGGGCCUAUUCAUAAGGUCUGUAAGCAAACAUUUAGAUUAAGCGAUCCCUUUUUCCCUGUAGUGUGUCACAACUUGUCUCGAUAUGACAUCCACUUAUUUGUAACAUCGAUAAGAGAUGAAUUGAAACCCAUUCCUUGCAAUAAAGAGUUAUAUAUUGCGUUAACUCAAACUUGCAAGCUUGAUUCACAUCUUCAUCAAUAUAAAAUAAGAUACAUAGAUUCAAAUAGAUUUUUAAAUUCGAGCUUAGAAAAACUUGCUAGCUAUAUGGAUGUAUCCAAUUUCAAAAUAUUGAACAGCAAAUAUCAAAACGAAAAAUUUGACAUGCUACGAAGAAAAGGAGUAUUUCCCUAUGACUAUUUAGAUAGUUUUCAAAAAUUUGAGGAAUCCCAGCUCCCUUCAAGGGAAUAUUUUUAUAAUUCUCUGAAUGAUGAGGAAUGUAGCGUGGAAGAUUAUAACUUUGCUCAGAGCGUGUGGAGAAUGUUUAACUGUACUAGUAUUAGAGAUUACUUAAAAUUAUACUUGGAAAGCGAUGUUCUAAUUCUGCCGAUGUAUUCGAAAAUUUUAGAACUCUUUGUUCACGAGUAUACAGACUAG